AGCCCCCCGAGCCGCUGCCCCGCUGUGUGCCCCACGGUCAUGCUGCUGCUCCUGCACCUGCUGCCUGCCAUGCUGCCCACCGCUGCCCUGGCCAGCUGCACCGGGGCCGCCGCCGACCGGCAGCUCAUCCUGGCCAAGGUGCGUGCGCGGGUGCUGGAACAUCUGAGUCCCCCCCUUCUCCAGGAGGAGCCACAGAUGGAAGCAAGGAGGGUACACCGGAGAGACGUCCUUGAAAACGCCGAAGUGGAGCCAGAGGAGCUGGAGGACACCUCCCAGGUGAUCUUAUUCCCUGCCACAGAUGUGCCCUGCGAGCCCACACAGCCCGACAAGCUGCUGGAGGAAGAAGGGAUUUUCACCUACCUCUUCCAGCCCUCGGCACACACCCUGAGCCGUGCGGUGACUUCUGCCCAGCUCUGGUUUUACACCGGCCCCUCGGCUGCCCCCAACCACUCAACCCCUGACGUGCUGACCCUGUCACCUCAGGGCCGGGUGCCAGUGACGGCCAUGGCGGAGCAGACACCCGAGCACUGGACAGUGUUUCACUUGGCCCCGGUGCUGCUGCCCCAGCUCUCACAGCCGCUCUUCGUGCUCCUGGUGCGCUGCCCUGGCUGCCCCUGCCUGGCCGAGGGGGACAAGAUGCCCUUCCUGGUGGCCACCACCCGGGCCAAGGGCAGUGAGAGGGCUCGUCGCUCUGCCAUGCCCUGGUCCCCAGCCGCCCUGAGCCUGCUGCAGCGUCCAUCCGAGGAGCUGGCUGCCCACACCAACUGUCGCCGGGCUUCCCUCAACAUCUCCUUUGAGGAGCUGGGCUGGGACAAGUGGAUCGUGCAUCCCAGCAGCUUUGUUUUCCACUACUGCCAUGGGAGCUGCGCAGCAGGCCACGGGCUGAGCCACCGGCUGGGCGUGCAGCUCUGCUGCGCUGCCCUGCCCGGCACCAUGCGCUCCCUGCGCGUCCGCACCACCUCCGAUGGCGGCUACUCCUUCAAGUACGAGACCGUGCCCAACAUUCUGGCCCAGGACUGCACCUGUGUCUAGGGCAUCCCGCAGCCCGGCCCCGGGCCGUGACCUCAGCCAGGAGGAGUUGCUUUCCCAGUGGAAUCCUGGCCACUGGGAUGGGGCAGUUUGGCUGUACCACCCUUCCCUGCACAAGCCAGAUUUUUGGGCUGGUCAAGGUACCAUCAUAAUGCCAGACUUGCCCUAGGGCCAGUCCCAGCUCAGAGCAAAGCAGGGCAUGGUGGGGCAGGCACAGGCACAGCCUAUCGCAAAGGCAUCACUGCCCUGCCAAAGCCAGGCUGCUGUCUGCAACCAGAUUAGCCCUCAUCUCUCCCCACCUGCUCCCCUCCUGCAAUACUGUGUCCCCACAAAGAUUGGUGUCUUGCUCCUGCUGCAGAGUUCAACAACUUCCCCUGUGCUCCAGGCAGGGCCAGGCUGCUGCAACAGAAUCAGGAUGUGCCUGGGUGAGCCAAUGCCGGGUGGCAGGUCUGGCAGCACACAUGGCACAAGUGAGCCCUCUCCCAGCAGCACAGCUUAUUGGAAACUUUAAUGGGAUGAGUGAAAUAAACCUGUUCCCUUUACUAAAGCAGCCUGGAAAUGCCAGCUUCCAUCAGAGGCAGCCACGGAAGUGGCAUGCGGUUGUGCAAUGGGGUAUGUCCUCCCCGGGCGCUUCUAGAUGGAGAGGUGAGGGGAUGAGCAAAUACUGUUAGAGGCAUCCAGCUCUGAUUUGGGGUACCAGAGAGGGGACUCUGAAGUACGCUGGCCAAAAUGGGCGUGGUGUGGCUGGGUUUGAUCCUGCCCCAGGCAGGGGAGUGCAAAGCAGAGCAACAUCCCUUAUGCUCCGGACAACAGGUUGUGCAGGAAUGGGGGCAGCAGAGGGCUGGGGAGACAUGGGGAUGGUGGGAGGAUGGGGAGGCAGAGGAAAGCCCCUCACCUGGCCCCUUAACAGUGACAGGGCCAAAGAGGAAUGUGGCCAGUGCAAUCCCUCUCCAGCAGGAUGA